AUCUCAGCCAGGCAGGCAGGCAGGCAGGCAGGGGUUGGAUCGAUCGAUCUUGACCGAUCCUGAUCCACCCACCGCACCUCAUCUGCCUACGAAUGGCAGUACCAGCCCUCCCUAAUUAAUCCCAGAAAUAAUACUACCCCUACUUAAGAAGCUAAUCCCGAUCAGGAGUAUUAGUAUUAGAAAAAGAAAGAGGGAGCAGAAAGGCCAAAACCCCAACCCGAAGGUAAACAAGGCAAGCAAAGUAUCGGAUCCCGGCUAAUCAAGUCACCCAAAUCUGCAGAUUAAUUCCCCACCCCAGCCCCAGCCCCGCCGGCCGCGUCAUGCUCCGGCCAUUCCCCUGCCCCCACCGCACGCCCUCCGCCGCCAGCCCGCCCCCCGCCCCCGCGGCCGCGGCCAUGGCGCCGUCCUCCUCCCGCUCCCACGCCCACUCCGGCGGCGGGGCCGGCCACGUCUCCCUCUCCCUCUCGCCCUCCUCCUGCAGGCACACGCCCUCCUCCGCCACGCUCGAUCUCCUCAUCCUCCUGCUCGUGCUCUUCUCCCUCGCCUUCCUCCUCGCCUCCUCGCUCGCCCACGUCUCCCGCUCCCUCUCCCCGCUCCUCGCGUCGCCGCCCGCCGCCGCCGCGCUCGCCUCCGCCGCCGCCGCCCUGCCCUACCUCGCCGCCGGCCUCCCCUACGUCGCCGCCGCCGCGGUGCUCGCCACCGCCGCCUUCCUCUCCUGCCGCCGCCUCCCUCGCCGCCGCUGCCGCAACCCGCGCUGCCGCGGCCUCCGGAAGGCGCUCGAGUUCGACGUCCAGCUCCAGAGCGAGGACGCCGUGCGGGCUGGCGGGGGGAGCACCGUUGGCGGCGCCGACGCCGCCAUGUGGCGCGAGAUCGAGACCUUGCCGUGGAAAGGGGGCCAGAGCGGGAACAACCCGGACUACGAGUGCCUUCGCGCAGAGCUGCGCCGGAUGGCGCCGCCCAACGGCCGCGCUGUCCUGCUCUUCCGCAACCGCUGUGGCUGCCCGGUGGCUAAGCUCGAGGGAUGGGGCACCCCCAAAAGCAAGAGGCGGAAUAAGAAGGGAACGCAAGGUUCUUCAGUGGACGGAGGGGUGCGAUAAACAGAAGUCUGUUAAACAAUGCUGCCUAGGCUGCCAUGGAAUAUUUGUUGAAUAAUACUUCCAAUGAAAGAUACAUCAAUUACAAGUGGUUGCACCAUAAUUGUAUUGUUAGAUGGGGUUCGCUGAAUCUCAACAGAAACACCGAUAUGAGACAAACAUUGCAAUAAUAAUAGACUGUCAAAGAAAGAAAAUAAAACGUUGGAGAUGUACCAGUA